CUGUAACAUUCUAAAAAAUCAAUUCUGUUGUUUUUUUAUUUUUUUGGAACAGAAAUAGAGUAAAAGUUGUAUGGUGAGUCCGGUUCAAUUUCUUGUUUUUUUGUAAUGAACCGGCACUUUUUAAGUUUUAGAAUUCAUUUUUUGAAGCAUGAAAACCAAGCUUCUCACGAUCAGAAUCUAUUCUGAUCAAAAGGCGCAGAAUGGAAACUCCGACUUAAGUACGAAAGGGCAAAAUCGAAAUUUGCCCUUAAAACAUAAGAAGCACUUAAAACUUCAGUCGACCGAACCCUAACCUCCCUCACUGGAAACGAAACCCAUCCUUAACUCAUUCUCUUUCUUGGAAUACCAGAAGAGAGACACAAGAGAAACCCCUUUCUUCAUCCUCCUUCCUCCUUCGUCCUUCGCCUAACAGUCCUUCCCUCUUCCUCCCUCAUCUCUUCAUUCUCCUUCGCCCGAAACCCAUCCCUAACCUCCCUCACUGGAAACGAAAAUCGGUGAUUCAUCAGCGUCCGGCGCUAGGUCCAAAGCUACGGCAGGUUUGGCGGCACAACAAUCCCUGAAGUUAUUAACUCCUCGACCAGCGGCGGACACUCCAAGCGCCUGCAGAAAUAGCGGUGAUUCAGCGACUGGCGCUAGGUCCAAAGCAACGGCAAGUUUCGCGGCACAACAAUCCCUGAAGUCCUAAACUCCUCGACCAGCGACGGACACUCCAAGCGCCUGCAGAAAUAGUGAGAAAAUGUCAACUUCAAAACAAGCAGUUAAUGAGACUGCAAAAUGGAGCCAAGCAAAUGUAGACACCCUUAUUGUUCUGAUGGUAGAGGAAGUUAAGAAAGGAAAUAGGACUACUUCGACUUUUAAUAAAGCUGGUUGGAACAACAUUGCCAAUAACUUCAAAGAAAAAACUGGGGUCAACUAUGCCAUUGUACAGUUGAAGAACAAAGUGAACAAACUGAGGCAGGAUUAUAGUCAGUUUAAGAAGCUAUUGGAGACAACUGGUUUUGGUUGGGACACUGCUUCAAGAACUUGUACUGUUGAUGAUGAAUCCAUCUGGGAAUCGCAUAUUAAGGAUAACCCUACUUGGGCACGAUUUAAGAAGCACGGACUACCACAAUGGCUAGAACUAUGUAUGGUAUUUGGUGAUACAUAUGCAGAUGGCGAAGGAAGUGGGACUCAAACAACCAUGUUGGAAACUUUGGGGGCCAAUGAUGCUAGGAAUAUGAUUGAGUCUUGUGAUGAGUCAAGUUCCGCUGAUGAAGUUACUCCAUUAGGUGACACUCAAACUGAAGCAGUGGAAAAAAGGCCAGUUACUAAGCAUAGGCAUGAUAGGACUCCAAAUGCGAAAAGGAGGAGGACCAAGUCUAAUGAUUGGUUAAUGGCAUUCAAGGCAAUUCAAGAUAUUAGUAAAUCAAGGGUAGAACGAGAUGCGAGCAUGUCCACUGCUUCAACCCAAAAUGCGGAACGGAUGUAUGGGAUUACUAGGGCCAUGGAGGUGCUUGAGUCAGGAUAUGAGUUAGAUGAAGCACUAUACGAGAAAGCACUUCGGAAGUUAAUGGCUGACCCGCAAUGGAGAGAAGCAUUAAUUUCCUGCCCUCCUCAUCGGAAGUCAAUACUCCUUCGUACCCUUCAGUAG